UCAGAAACGGAACGUAAUCCGAAAUCUACACGCAUAGCCUCACAUGGAGGGCGUUAACAAAAUAUUUUAAAAUAAUCACAGUACUCGGAGAGUGAAACGUACAAUAAUUGUGAAUUGCAUUAUAGUAGAUGAAAUAUAUUUUUUAAAAUGUUUUCGUGUGUCCCGAGGUCAUUGAAAUGUUGUACAAAUAUAGGUCCCAAAAGGGCUCUACCUUACGCCCUAACGAAUACCCCAGUGUUCUUGGAUCCAUCAGUACCACAAUGCAGAACUUACCACGAAGUGACUGGCAACAUUAUUUGCCCCAAUAUGGUGCGAGGCAUCGACCAUCUGAGGGACCCACGCCUCAAUAAGGGUCUCGCAUUCACACUAGAAGAGCGGCAAGCUCUCGGUAUACACGGCUUAUUGGCUGCCAAGUUUAAAACUCAAGAGGAACAACUGGACAUCUGUAGAAUAUCUAUAGACAGAUAUGAGGACAAUUUGAAUAAAUAUCUUUACCUCGUCGAGUUACAGGACAGAAAUGAGAAGUUAUUCUUUAGACUUUUAUCAGAGAAUGUGGAGAAAUAUUUGCCAAUCGUUUAUACUCCGACCGUCGGUCUGGCGUGUCAGAGAUUCGGCCUUAUAUACAGAAGGCCUAGAGGUCUCUUUAUCACUAUCAAUGAUAAAGGACAUAUAUUUAACAUAUUGAAGAAUUGGCCCGAGCCUGAUGUAAGAGCGAUAGUCUUCACCGACGGUGAACGGAUCUUGGGUCUAGGUGACUUGGGGGCGUACGGUAUGGGCAUCCCAGUCGGCAAGCUCUCGCUAUACACCGCCCUUGCCGGUAUCAAACCCCACCAGUGUUUGCCGAUCACUCUCGAUGUUGGAACUGACAAUCAGGAUCUGUUGGAAGAUCCCCUGUACAUCGGACUGCGACAACGGCGUACAAGAGGGAAGGAAUACGAUGAGUUUAUUGACGAAUUCAUGGAGGCGUGUGUACAGAGAUACGGACAGAACACAUUGCUACAGUUCGAAGACUUUGCUCUAAUAAACGCGGGACGUUUACUCCAGAAGUACAGGAACAGAUACUGCACAUUCAACGACGACAUCCAGGGCACAGCGAGCGUGGCCGUGGCCGGUCUCAUGGCCGCAGUCAGGGUCACUAAACGGAAACUCAGCGAGAAUAUAUACCUCUUCCUAGGAGCGGGGUCUGCUUCCAAUGGCAUCGCUAACUUGACAGUGGCGGCUAUGAUGUCGGAAGGUCUGACAGAGAGACAGGCGAGGGAGCGAGUGUACAUGUUUGAUGUGGACGGUCUUCUGUCCACGAGACGGGAGGGCGGAGUACCAGAGCAUGCGAAAGCUUUUGGCAAAGAUAUAGAACCGGAGAAAGACUUUGAGGCUUGCGUUGCCAAGAUCAAGCCCAGUUGUCUUAUUGGUUGUUCGACUGUUGGUGGAGCAUUCACACCGAAUGUUCUGCAGCAGAUGGCAAAGAACAUCGAGAGGCCGGUCAUCUUCGCACUGUCUAACCCCACCAGCAAGGCGGAGUGCACCGCACAGGAUGCCUACGAUCACACUGAGGGUCGUUGUAUUUUCGCUUCGGGGUCCCCUUUCCCGCCGGUGAAGUACAACGGCAAGGAAUACCACACUGGGCAGGGUAACAACUCCUACAUCUUCCCCGGUAUUGCACUCGGAGUUAUUGCCACAGCCACACAUCACAUACCCGAGACUAUGUUCCUGACUGCUGCCAGAACUUUAGCUAAUUACGUGAGUGAAGCAGAUCUAUCUAUCGGUCGUAUCUAUCCCUCGCUGGCCGAGGUGAAAGAUGUCUCUCUCUCUAUCGCGAUAGAGGUUGCUAAGAUGGCUUACGAUGAGGGUCUAGCUUCAGUUUAUCCGGAGCCGAAAGAUAUAUCGAAACACGUGGAAAACCAAAUGUACAACUUUAACUAUGAGAGCUCUAUGCCUGUGGUCUGGGGCUGGAAACCAGAAGAGAAGUUUAACGUAAGACCAAUACAACCUGUACCCAAAAAUAUUUAAACUUAAAAUUAUGACAGAUAAAUUAUUACACCAUUACUUAAUCAGUGUUGCCAUAAAAAUGACAAUCUGGA